UCAAAAAAGCAAAACGCACAAGCGUUACACUCGAAGCAAGUAAUAAGUAGUUAAAAAAACUCAAUCUUUCUUUCUCCAUCAAACACAGCUUGCUCUGUUUCUUCUUCUCUUUCUUCUAAUAAGAAAAUGAUGGCAAAACCCACCACCGUUUUCGCUACAAAGCCCUCACCUUUAAGCUUGUUCGUGGUGAUACUGAUCCUCUGCAUUCUGGGUUUUUACGUCCUUCAUCACCCUCACUCUUCUGCACCUUCAUCAACUUCCCAAAACGCUUCACACUUUCAAAAUCUCUUCCUUUCCACUUCCUCAAACUCCACAAUCUCCUCCUACCUCCGCGCCCUCACCCUGCACCCUCACCUCGCCGGAACAAAACCCGCUUCCGACACCACCCGCUACGUCCUCAACCACUUCACUUCCCUGGGCCUCCACGCUCACACUGCAACCUACAAAACUCUUCUCUCCUACCCUCUGCGCUCCUCCAUCACCGCGCAUUUUAGCAACGGCUCCUACGUGGACCUUCCCCUCACAGAACCGGCCGGUCCGGGUGUGGUGCCGGCCUACCACGCGUACUCGCCUUCCGGUUCGGCGUUCGCGAGGGUGGUGUUCGUGAACUACGGCGGGGAGAAGGACUAUCAUGCGCUGGGGUUGUUGGGAGUGAACGUUAGCGGGUGCAUAGUGUUAGCUAGGAGAGGCGGGGGCUUGGGGAGGAGCGCGGUGGUUGAGAUGGCGGAGGCGAAUGGGGCGGUGGCGGUGCUUGUUUACGGCGACGGUGACACGUGGAGUAAAGGGUUUGAGAGAGGUCACGUGAUGAGGGGGAUAGGGGACCCACUUAGCCCUGGUUGGGCUGGGGUUGAUGGUGGCGAGAGCUUGGGUUUAGAAGAUAGUGAGGUUUUGAAAAGGUUCCCCAAAAUUCCAUCUAUGCCCCUUUCCUCUGAGAUUGCUAACUCCAUUUUGUAUUCACUUGGAGGUGCUCCGGUGCCCCUAGAAUGGAGGGGCACCCUGCGGUCUAAGGUCAUGCAUGUUGGUCCUGGCCCCACAAUACUCAAUUUCACUUACCAGGGUGAAAAGAAGAUGGCCACCAUUCAGAAUGUUUUUGCUGUGAUAAAGGGAUCGGAAGAACCUGAUCGGUAUGUUCUGCUUGGGAACCAUAGAGAUGCAUGGACAUAUGGUGCUGUUGAUCCCAGCAGCGGGACAGCUUCCCUACUUGACAUUGCUCGUCGGUUUUCAAUUCUUUCGAGUUCGGGUUGGGAGCCUAAGAGGACAAUUAUUCUCUGCAGUUGGGAUGCAGAGGAAUUUGGAAUGAUAGGAUCCACUGAGUGGGUUGAACAAAACCUCAUCAAUCUGGGUUCCAAAGCUGUAGCAUACCUUAAUGUGGACUGCGCUGUUCAAGGCCCUGGUUUCUUUGUUCGCUCUACUCCUCAGCUCGACAGUCUUAUUCUUGAGGUCACAAAAAAGGUCAAGGAUCCUGACUCUGAGGGUGUAUCGGUGUAUGAGAAUUGGGCUGCAGCUGGUGGUGACAAUAAUAUUCAGAGGCUCAGUGGAGUUGAUUCUGAUUAUGCUCCGUUUGUGCAACAUGCAGGGGUUCCAUCUAUUGAUAUGUAUUAUGGAAGAGAUUUUCCUGUCUAUCACACAGCUUUUGACUCCUAUAACUGGAUGACAGAGUAUGGAGAUCCAUUCUUCCUGCGGCAUGUUGCUGUUACUGGAGUUUGGGGGCUUCUUGCUCUUCACCUGGCUGAUGAUUCCAUUCUUCCUUUCGAUUACGUUUCUUAUGCAAAUGAGUUGCAGCUGUACAAGAACAUAUUGAGCAACUUGUUAGACCAGCAAAUUUCUCUGCAUCCGUUAACUAUGUCAAUUCAAGAAUUUGCUUCUGCUGCCAAAGAAGCUAAUAAUGAAUCAAAGAAACUGAGAUUGCAAGAAACUGCAGGUUGUUUUGUUGAUAUGAAAAAGCGAGCAUUUAAUGAUAGACUAAUGCUUGCUGAAAAAGGCUUCCUUGAUGCAGAUGGACUUAAAGGAAGGAAGUGGUUCAAGCAUCUUGUGUUUGGGCCUUCCAACGACCAUGAAAGGUUGGAUUUCUUCCCAGGGAUUACUGAUUCUAUCACUCGGUCAACAGGUAUAAUUGAAAGAGAAAGGCUCACAGCAGUUCAACAUGAGAUCUGGAGGGUUGCCAGAGCCAUUCAAAGAGCUGCUUCUGCACUGAGAGGAGAAUUAACCUAAAAACUCAGGAAAAAAAAAAACAAAAUCUAUGUUCUAGUUGGCUGUAAAUAUUAGUUCUUUUUUUUUUUCCAUACCAGUAUUUAGCUGCAUUUGACGUGUUUAUCUGUACAUUAAGUUCUUAAUAGGGAAAUGGAUAUGUCACCAGUUUUUGUCAUGUUUGG